CCCAGGAAGCCUCAUAGUUUAGCUGGGGGAAUUCUACUUAGAGACCAGGAAGGCUCCUCCAGGGGUGGGGAAAAGACAUUUCCGGCAUGUGAGCAUCAAAGGGCAGGGAUUUAUUUAGCUGAAACGAAAGUGGAAGCAAAGAGCCUGCAGACAGAGCCUUCUAAAGUGCUUUUCAGGCUCUACUGGGGGAGAUCACUUCUCAGAAGGUAGAAAGAAGCCGAUUCUGCCACUUUGUUUCCAGCUCUGAAGCCUUGGCUCUUGCCAACCAGAUCCCAGAUCAUGUCAGUGGCUCAAGAUGCUGGUCUCUGCUGAGCACUGGAGAUACAGAGAAGACCAGGACAGAAUCCCAUAUCUCUAGGCACUCAGGGAGAACCCAUUCCACAGCCUUCAGGAGGAGCAAACAAGACUAAGGAUGAGACUGCAGGAACUACAGCAACUGAAAAGGGAGCUCAGGAACUUCCCCCAAGACCAGGACCCAUUCCCAAUGCCUGAAGUCCCCCUGGUGUUCCGAGGACACACUCAGCAGAACAGGGAAGUGCCCAAGUCUGUGGUUUCCAACCUGCAGAUCUGCUACCCUCUGCCUGGAGGCUCUGCUCUGGUCACCUUCGAUGACCCCAAGGUGGCCAACCAGGUGCUACAACAAAAGGAGCAUAAGAUUGACCUGGAAGAGUGCCGGCUGCGGGUGCAGGUCCAGCCCUUGGAGCUACCCAUGGUGACAACCAUCCAGGUAUCCAGCCAGAAGAGUAGCCGGAGAGUGCUGGUCAGUGGGUUUCCUGCUAAUCUCAAGCUGAAUGAGGAGGAGCUGCUGGACAAGCUGGAGAUCUUCUUUGGCAAGACCAAGAACGGGGGUGGUGAUGUGGAGACUCGGGAGCUGCUGCAUGGGGGUGUCAUGCUGGGCUUCGCUAAGGAUGAAGUGGUCCAGAACCUGUGCCGGAUUGGCCAGUUCACGGUGCCCCUGGGCGGGCAGCAGUUCCCUCUGCAAGUCUCUCCCUACAUGAGUGGAGAGAUCCAGAAGGCAGAGAUCAGGUCCCAGCCAGUGCCCAAGUCAGUGCUGGUGCUCAACAUUCCUGAUGUCCUGGAUGGCCCAGAGCUGCAGGACAUCCUGCAGAUCCACUUCCAGAAGCCCACCCGUGGGGGAGGGGAGGUGGAGACCCUGACAGUCGUGCCCCCAGGAGAGCGAGGUCUGGCGAUCUUCACCGCCCAGUCCAGCUAGGAGCCUGCCCUUCUCAUCACCCUCCAAUCCUCUGCCAAGGUUCUCAAACUGGGCUGGGGUCCGGUGCAUGUGGACGAAUGUGAUCAUGCUAAUCAACAGAGGGCAGGAUUCUGAGUUGUGAAACGCCGUCUCAGAACAGUAAAAGUGCCUGCAUGGCGUGAUC